AUGGCCGGAACUCUAAUCUCGCGCAACAGAAAUGCGGUCAGGCCGUAUUUUAGGAGACUGGACAAUUUCAACACAUUUGGAUUGCGAAGUUGUGCUUCCGACUAUAUUGUUAUCAGUGCCCUAGACCUUCUCGAUGAACUUUCUGGCAUCGCAACAGCCUACAGUCAUAUAUGGAUCAUAGGGGAUGGCAGCAACAUCAUCCUUCCAGCACGUGUCCAUGGCCUUGUUAUUCAGCCAACAAUACGUGGAGUUCAUACUAAGAUUGAGAGUGAUGAUGAGGUUAUUGUCACAGUCUGUUCUGGGGAGAAGUGGCAUGAUUUUGUGGUAUGGUGUGUCGAGCACCAACUCGGUGGGCUCGAGAACUUGGCCAUGAUACCCGGCACCGUGGGUGCGUCGCCUGUCCAGAAUAUCGGUGCAUACGGUGCAGAAGUAAGCGACUGCAUUGAAGCGGUAUUCGUUUGGGAUUUGAAGGGCAAGCGCAUGAUACGAUUCCCAUCGAGUGAAUGCAUGUUCGGCUACCGCACAAGCCGCUUCAGCUCUUCUAGUGAAAUGUGGCACCUAAUCGUUGGAGUGGUGUACAAACUGAAAAGGAAAGGUUGGAGACCGAAUCUGAACCACCCAGAGCUCAUGAAUGACAGCUAUUUAAGCCAGAAUGAUACCCAAGAGCUGACGCCCAAAGAAGUCUUCCGUGCAGUUUGUGAUAUCAGGCAGCAGAAGUUCGCAGGCAUCCACCACUGCGCCGGGAGCUUCUUCAAGAAUCCCGUUGUCUCGCGAGAGCGCUUUCGUCAACUUCAAGCGCUUCACCCCGGUAUUGUCUCUCAAUCUUUAUCACAAGGCCAGAGAAAGCUAGCUGCUGCUUGGUUGAUUGAGCAGUGUGGCUGGAAAGGAUACAAUACUACUCGAGUUGGCAUUCACAAAAACCAGGCACUAAUUAUAGUGAAUCAUGGAGAAGCAACUAGUGAAGAUCUCUUGGAACUCGCUUCCACCGUUCGCAAGAGCAUCUACAACCGCUAUUCUAUAUUUCUCCAGAUUGAACCAGUAUACUUUGUGGAGACUUUUCACCUUCGGUGA